AUGUCCACCAGUGGCGUCAAUCUAUACAUCAAGGCCAUCCAAGAGUUAUGGACCCGCAAGAGCGUGAACAUCUCUAUAAACCUGGUCGGUGAACAGGGAAACACAAUCAAUACCUACACAGCCCCAGACCAGAUCAAUGGAACCGCAGCCAUUACAGUCGAGGACGAUGUGGACUUUGACCAUCUCAAUAUCCCAUUUGAGGGUAUCUAUCGGGUGUACAACGAGCGAACCGGCCCUCCGCAUACCGAUCGAUGA